CCUGGCCCCUGGGAGGGCAGUGGGCUCGGGUCUCAGGCUGGGAAGAGACAGCUGAAGUUCUAUUCCAACCCCGCCUGACAUCACCCCCGGGGCUGCUUGGGAUGUAGGGCGUUGGUGGAGGGUACUGCCAAGAGAUCAGCUCAUCAGGCCACAAGGCGACUCUGCCUCCCUCCUGCUCUGCGGCCCCAUUUCCCGACUCUGCUGAAAGGCAACAGGGCGCUCCCCACCGGACAGAGCAUGUCGAGGCGCCCAGGAAGCGGAAAUUGUCUGCAGUCCACAGGCCGUCCACAAAGCAGCCAGAGAAAUGUAGGUCAAAUGGCAAGCCGCCCCACUCUAGACUCUGCUCACAAGGCCGGGACACCUCCCAUCACCUUCAGAUGGAAAUCCAGCCGAAGCCCAACCCCCACCGAGGCCCCGCCCCUCUACAGCAGAAGCCCCACCCUCCUCACUGAGGCCCCUCACCUCUACAGCAGAAGCCCCACCCUCCUCACCACUGAGGCCCUGCUCCCCGACCGAGCCCCACACUCUUCACUACAGGGGCCCUUCCUCACACCGAGCCCAACCAUUUACUGCAGAAGCCCCACCCACCGCAACACUGAGGCCCCGUCCCUCUGCAGAAGCCCCACCCCCCUCGCCAGAGGCCCCGCCCAUAACCCAUGCCCACCCCUUAGCGCAGAAGCCCACCUAGACUGAGCCCCACGUCGCUGCCAAGGCUCCACCCACUCCCCCGUCCCCCCUGUCUCCUCCCGCUCGGUCCCCCAAGCCUGGCUGGCUCCACUCACUCUAAUACCCUUCACUGCUGCCUCCUCAAGGAAUGCUUGGUCCCAGCCCCUUAGUAAGGAGCCUACUAGGGCCUUCAGCACCCAGCGGUUUCUUCUACGCAAUUUCUCAGUUUCAAAUAAAGACCGUCUGUGGGGCAA